AUGUCGUCCACCACAUCUCUUAUCACAGGUAUUCCUCAGCGACCCAGCAACCUAAGAAAUUCAACCACUCCCGUCACCACUCCCAAUGUCGGAAGGCGCGGUCCUAGCUCAGCUACGACUACUACUACAGCUGCCACAGACGGCUCAUAUGCGUCUGGUCCGUGUCCGUAUCGGAGGCCGGCGGGGCCUCCUUUGCCGGGCGCUGCCACUUGGAUGAUGACUCCGCCGUAG